CCUUUAUUGACAAUAUGGCGGCUGAACUGCUUCUAGAUUUGGAGAAAAUUGUAAUUUGACAGCUCCCGCUCGGCUGCAACUAGACAGUUUUGCCUCGGAAGUGUAUAUAACCGUUGCAUUUGAAUGAAGGGACUCGCAAAACCACGGAAUGGUGUCACUGAGCUGAAGAAACAUUUAGAGAGUGAAAAUCGUCAUGUCGUUUUUCAAGAGAAAAGCCAAAGGCAAAGAACCUGAGAGGCUGGAAGAUGCAAAAGUCAAUAGAGCUCCAGCUCCAGUCAGCCCUCACUCUCCAUCACUCGGACUGAGAAACCACCAUGCCAUUCAGGAAGCCGCCGGGCCCAGCCAUGUGGCCAUCAACGCUAUCUCCGCCAACAUGGACUCCUUCGCCCGUGGCCGUACUGCCAUCCUCAAGAAACAGCCAAGCCACAUGGAGGCGGCACACUUUGGCGAUCUUGGGCGCUCCAGUGUGAACUAUUUGCCUCAGGAGACCCGGUCUCGACUGUCCAAGACUGUGGACCAGAUCCUUCGAGACAACGUGGCUAUGCCCUACUACAUCCAGUUUAUGGAGCUGCAGGGUGCUGACCAUCUGGUUCGCUUCUGGCAGGAGGCUGAGAGUUUCCGCUCCACCAGCUGGUCGCGGGUCCGAGCACACAGCCUCAACUCAGUCAAACACAGCUCCCUGGCUGAGCCCGUCCCCACCUCCCUGGACGGCACAGAGCACCCUGAGGUCCCCCAACACUCGCCUGGUGCAGCCCCGACCCCUCACCAGCAGGGUGGUAGCAGUGAAAGCACCACUGUGCGGCUGGAGCACCGGGACUCCGUCAGCACAGAGGCAACCCAGAGACCUGGCACCCCUCGAGCAGACACUCCCAGCAAGCAGCCGUCCUCAAGGACAGGAACUCCCUUCAAGCAGCAGGCAAACAACACGCUGAGAGACCUCUCUGACAAACUCAUGAAGAGUAUAGAGAGAGAUGCAGUGAACAUCUUUACCAAGUAUAUCUCUCCAGAUGCUGCACGGCCCAUCCCCAUCACUGAACAGAACAGAAACGACAUAGUUGCUAAGAUAUGUGGAGAGGAUGGGCUGGUGGACCCAAACUGCUUUGUCAUUGCACAGUCGGUAGUCUUCGCCAUACUGGAGCAACAGCACUUUAGUGAAUUCCUACGGAGCCAUCAUUUUUGUAAAUACCAGAUUGAAGUGUUGACUAGCGGCUCUGUGUUUCUGGCGGACAUCUUGUUCUGCGAGUCGGCUCUCUUCUAUUUCUCUGAGUAUAUGGAGAAGGAGGAGGCAGUGAAUAUACUCCAGUUCUGGCUGGCAGCUGACAACUUCCAGGACCAGCUAGCAGCUAAAAAGGGCCAAUACGAUGGCCAGGAGGCCCAAAAUGAUGCCAUGAUCCUCUAUGACAAGUACUUCUCACUCCAGGCCACCAACCCUCUGGGCUUUGGCGACUCGGUGCGGAUGGAGAUAGAGUCCAACAUCUGCCGAGAGGGUGGGCCCCUCCCUGACUGUUUCACUACUCCCCUCAGACAGGCCUGGACAACUAUGGAGAAGGUCUACAUGCCGGGCUUCCUGUCCAGUAACCUUUACUACAAAUACCUGAAUGACCUCAUCAACUCAGUGCGGGAGGACGAGUUUGUGAAUGCCAGCACUCCGGGUCAGAGCACGCCUGCAGACAGUGACCGAUCAGCUUCAAAUUCUGGCGAGGGCUCUCAGACUCAGCAGGGUACCAAAAGGGCAGCGGUGAAGAUCCUGAAAAACUUUGACGAGGCGAUCACAGUAGACGUUGCCAGUCUGGACCCAGAGUCCUUGUACCAGCGGCCAUAUGCCGGGAGGAUGACAUUUGGGAAGGUGAAUGAGCUGGGCCAGUUCAUCAGAGAGGCUGAGCCAGAGCCGGAUGUGAAGAAAUCCAAAGGUUCCAUGUUUUCACAAGCCAUGAAGAAGUGGGUCCAAGGCAACUCAGAUGAGGCCCAGGAGGAGAUGGCGUGGAAAAUCGCCAAGAUGAUUGUCAAUGAUGUCGUCCACCAGGCAAACCAUGACAGCCCUGGCAAGGCCACCAAGUUAUGACCCCGCUGAGGAACCAAAUGACUGUCACUCCCUCCCUGCGCUGGCCAAGCCAGUGAUGGACUGUACACAGGGCUCACCCUGCAACGAACUGCAUUACUCUGAGGAACGAACAAGGCAUUUUAUCACCUCCCUAGUCACCGUGUGUGUGUGGGUGUGAGAGUGUGUGUGGCUGGCUGACUGACUGGCUGUGUGCAUGGGCAAGUGAUUGUGUACGCGUGGACUAAUGGAAAACUUGAAGUACUUCAUCGUUCCAAUCUUCCAACUCCAUAACACUAUGAAGGUACAUGUGUGGAUGCCCAAAGCAAAGCAACAGUCAAACGCUUGCAGAGUGGCAUCAGGCUUCAAGAAUCACUCUCUGGGAAGAAAAGACUCAAAAUGACGCAGAGAAAAAGCUGACAUGAGGAGCAGCAUGCCAGCACCAGCACUGCAUCGCUGUGGCCAUGCUGUCUAGUAAAAGGAUGAUAUUUGGGACCUAUAGUAGAAGACUGAGUUAUCCGCACUCCCUUAUUGCACAUCCUCUCCUUGCCCCCUGCCCGCCUUUUUAUAUCCAUUCCUUGUUUUUAAAUGGUGUUCUCCUCAAUGGGCCAGCCAAAUUAUGUGUAACCGGAUGAAAAUCAUCAGUUCGGAGCGUUGUACAGUUUUUGCAAAUGCACACCGCUUUCCCCUGCCUGCCUGGAGAAUUUUUGUCAGCCGGUCACUUAUGUGAGCUGUCUUUCCUUGGCCAUUUACUUACUGUAGAGCAUUUGGAAAUGUGAUAGUGAAACUGGAAAGGACCUGAUUCCUGUCCCGGUCUGGCCAACCGCCUGUAGCAACCUCCUGGCACCUUGUCUAGACUUUACAGAGCGUAGAAGAAGAUAUACUCCCUAAUGAACUUAAGAAGUGCUACAGUUGUAAUGGAAACUCCAGGCUCCAUGUCCUAAAUGUUCUAUAUAUGUAUGUAGAUUUCUGGUUUACCCCAUAUAUUAACGUUAGUCCUUUUUUAUGGUGAUUGUUGUCCUUUUUUUGUAUGCAUCAUUGAAGAGAAUUUCAGUGACGACAGUUCAACUGGAAAGUGUACUCAGUGAAUAUAACAGUUUUAUUUUUGAGCCUUACUGAGCUGAGAUGUGGAAAGUAACCAGAAAGACUUUUGGUACUAUGUACCACUAAUGUUUUCUGACAUGUAUGUGUGCUUAAUCUAUAAUAUAUUUAAAUUGUGUUCAUUUAAAUACAUAUACUAUGAAAUGCU